CGAGGACCAGGAGAUGUGGUUUCGUCAGUUUGCGGUAAGUAUUCUAAUUUUUUUACUUAUAUUUUUAAUCUUUAAUAUAAAAUUUCUACUAAUUGUGUUUUUUUUUCAGCAAGAGUUCACCUGGAAUCCUGAUCACAUGAACUUUAUCUGUGGCACCUUCGUCCAUAAAGUUAUGGACAACUAGGGGAAGCAGAUCUACGAGUGGAAGCAGAAGUGGCUCAUCAGCAAGGUUUUUUUUAAUUUAUUAAACAAUUUUUUGAAUUUAUUAAACUAUUUUUGGAUUUAUUAAACUAUUAUAUAUUUUUUUUAUUAAAAGGUCCCGAAGUCGAUCAACAACACGGUUUGGGAGGAGUUGUGUGUGCAUUGGGAUAAGGACGAGACGAAAGAUACCUCCGUGACCAACUCCGCCAACCGCAAGAGCGAUCGUGGCGGGAAGGGCAUGUACAAGCACAAUUUGGGUGCCCAGACUAUUGCCACUCUGGGGGAUCGCUUGGUAAGUUCAAUCUCUUUUUUUUUUAAUUAUUUAAGUAUUUUUAUUUUAUUUUUUAUGCAUUUCUUCUAAUUUCAAAUGUUUGUUUAACUUUUGGUUUUUUCAAGGCGGAUGAAAAUGAAGGCGAGUCGGUUGAUGAUUUCGUUCUAAUGAAGACUGCGCAUACCAACAAGCACACCGAGGAGAUUGAUGAUGGUGUUGUUAGGGAUGUGCUCAGCCUGAUCGAAACUCAGAAGGAAGACGAAGAGACCCGUCUAUCUCAGCUUCAACCCGACCUGGACGCCACUUCGACGGCUUCGACCAACUUGUCCCGGAUUCGAAUCAACGAAAUCGUUGAAUCGUCGGUUCCAAAGAAGAAGGGACGUUUGGUCGGUUUGUGUCGUCGAGCCCGGUCAGUUCCUCCUUCUGCACCACAGCCCUAUGUUGAUCCAGAAGGGCUUAUGGACCAGUUGAAGGACAAAGAUGACCGCAUAGCUUCGUUGGAGCAAAAGGCGGGAUGGGAGGCAACGAGGAAGCAGAACGAGCAAAUGAUGGAGAUGAUGAAGAGGAUGUACCCGAACGAGCAGUUCCCGUAGUUUUUUUUUUUUUUCAAAAACUCUGAAUGUUGUAUUUUGGUUUGUACAACUUUGAAUAUUAUCUAAUAUGUUUUCUAUUUCAAUUUUAAUUUUAUAUUUUCCAAUUUCAAUUAAA